GACCCAAAGUACUCAAGAGAAAGGAAUCAGUCAUUUGGGACAGGAAUAGGGACCAAGACACUUCCAAUCAGUGUGGCGACAUCUCGGAACAACCCGACAUCACUGAAAACGAGCCGCCCGAGCAAGACGAACCCGCCAUACUCGCCGUUAACGAUGACGACAUGUCGCUUACGAUCCCCUACGAAGAAUCCUUCGAAGAUGAUGAUGACUCUAACCUCUCCUUCCCUGACGACACAAGAUUCAUUGAUUCUGGCUGGGCGGCCGAAUGCUUACAAGACACAGAGGACAUCGACUUCGAAUUCGUGUACGCGCUACACACCUUCGUCGCUACAGUUGAAGGUCAAGCAAAUGCGACCAAGGGUGAUACCAUGGUCCUGCUUGAUGAUAGCAACAGCUACUGGUGGCUAGUCAGAGUCGUCAAGGACAGUAGUAUUGGAUAUCUACCAGCCGAGCACAUCGAGACGCCUACGGAACGAUUAGCACGCUUGAACAAGCAUAGGAAUGUCGACCUAUCGGCAACUAUGCUGGGAGACCAGCAGGAUAAGAAGCCGCAGACCUUCAAAACCGCCAUUCGUUUAAAGCGCAAGACCGUUGCCUUUGCCCCUCCCACAUAUGUGGACUAUUCUGACUUUGACGAUUACUCAACUGACGAGGAGGAUCUGGAUGAGUUGUUUGCUGGUCACACUUCCACGACACAGCAACAACAAGAACAGAAGGAAUCGCAGCAGCAAACUGUUCAAGCCUCUGUAGAGGACGAUAACGCGCCAGUGGAGAGUGCCAAGGUGGAACCAUUGAAGCCCAGGGUAAACCGGGACGUGAAACUCGUGAUGGAGUCUACCAAGGUUGAGACGGUGAUGGAGGAGGACGAGACGAGGAACAGCGAGGAAAUUCUUUUGGAUACCAAACCAGAGGGCCCCAGCAGGUCACGGAACGGCACCGUCAGAAACACCGACUCUUUCUUUAAGGAUGACACCGUCGAGACGAAGAAGAUUACCCUGACGCCCAACCUGCUGCGAGACGACAACCAGCCACGACCGUCAACAGAUUCGGUAACCAAGGACGUCAAGUCCCGAGGGAGUAUGGAUAAACUUGACAAGGAGCUCAUGUCAGACAAAGAGAAGAAGAAGAUCAAGGAGAGGGAGCGCAAGGAAAAGGAAAAGAAACCGAGCGCAAUCCGAAGCUUUUUCUCCCGGAAGGAAAAGAAGAAGUCGGUUGAUGAGGAUGACGAGUCGUUUGGCAAGCGGUCGAUGGAUACCCAGUCGGAGUCGGUGGGACGAAGUAGCGAGUCACCUUCACUUGAGGAGCCAGUAUCGGCUGAUAAGAUACAACGAAGCCCCAGCAAGCUCCAGAAGCAGCUGCCGCGGACAGAACCGUCGCCUACACGCAAGGGCCCCGGAAGCAUAACGCAACCGUCAUCGACCAUGGAGCUUGCGGCGUAUCUCAAUGAGACACGGACCAACGACGUGUCGAACGUGCCACCAGCAACAAUGCGGAUUGUGGAUUCGGAGACAAAUGAAACACAGGAGGUGCCAUCUCACCAUGCCAACGCGAGCCAGCAACGCUCUGCCUCUGCUGCAGCUCAGCGCGAUGAGAAGUCGGCGGCGAGCAAGGGCCUGCACCGAAGUGCCAGCACCGGUGCCGAUACGAGGGCGCAGAAAAUGAACAGAAGCCGGCCACGGACGGAUCUGGACGACAUUUCUUCGGACGAGGACCUUGAGUCAGAAACACCGGACGCGAGUGAGGAGGAGAAGUCCAAGGAACAGGUCAAGCCGAAGCGGGCUCCAGGAGCAUUUCCCGACACUGCUGACUCCGCAGCGAACACGAGUGACGCUACAGCUACGGACAACAAGGGUCAACAACAGAACCGCCUGUCCGAAUCACCUGUGCAGGUAUCACCGGUCAACGCGACGCGACCACCGGCGCUUGAGAUUGACACUUCGUCUCAGGAGGGCCGUUCAUCAGAGGAGGUGCCAUCACCAGAGCUACUGCACGGGGAUGAGGUGUCCAAGAGCAGCGGCUCAACGCGAAGUGGCAAGGAAUCCAGCUGGGACGACGAGAAGUUGCGGACGUUUUUCGACGAGAGCGAGCAUGUGCGAGACCUACUGGCCGUGGUGUACGACAAGACGAACGUGGAGCCGGCGAGCAAGGAUCAUCCGGUUGUCAGUGGACUGUUCCGAGAACAAAAUGCGAAGUUGGCUGAGAUUACAACUCAACUGGACAACAUGCUCGGAGACUGGCUCGCAAGGAAACAACGACUCAGGGGCAGUGUAUAGAGAGAGGAGAGGAAGAGGGGAGACUAGGCAUGCGGUGGCUGGGCGUCCACCGAGCGGUGAUGGUGGCUUGAUUGCUUUCUUGGAACGAACGACUUUGAUUACCUUAUGGAAAGAACGGGAAACGCGUGCUCUGGACACGACCGUCAGGCACCUCAUGUUAGGUUAUAGGAGGCAGGCGUCUUAUGGAAGAUUCUCGGUGGGCGGGGGUUCUUAU